UUUUAAUUUUUGAAUGUUGGUAUUGCUUGUUUUCUCUAACCACUGUUAAUCGUUGAAUGCAUGGCAGGCUUAUUAAGACUAAGAUUUUGGGCACUCUCCAUUGAAGAAAUUAGAGAUCUUGUUCUCUGAUCAGGUGAUUAUGUGGCACCUACUGCAUGGAGUAAAGUCUCUUCCGAAGAAGUACAACCCAGCUCGACAUCGAAAUGCAUUUUUCUACCACUACUCAGAAGAACUCGAUGACGAGCUCCAGCCAUCAAAAUGGUAUGAAAGGGCCUACCCCAAAUUAGUAAAGUCGGCCCACAUAUUGAAAAAUGUGGACCGAAUCGAUGGAAGGCUCACAAAUAUCGAAGAUUGUUCAACCUUCAUAGAUGAUCAGAUUGAUCAGGAGAUGCAGACGUUCAAGUCACUUGCCAGGGCCUUUAUAGGGGCUCCUUCAUUGCAGCAAGCACUGAGGAAGGCAACAUCAUCGGCACCAGCCAUACCCAAUGCUUGUUUUGGUAAACCAAAUGAAAGAGAAUCUCUAACACUAAAUUCUCUCACCAAAGUAUGCGAUUUUCUUAACGUCUCUGCCCAACAAAGGAAGUCAGUGCGUCUGAGGAUAUGCCCACAGGUCACGCAGCAUCACAUAUGGCGGGGUGUCCUCGAGGAGAUACUAAACAAUCUGAAAUCAGAAAUGGGUGCCUUGCAUUGUCAUCCACUGACAGCCAGAUUGCAGAUGGGAGAUCAAAUAAUCUCGAGCUGUGUAUGUUUCUUGGCUGAGAGUGCCUAUUCCUCCUCUGAAUCUGACUCACCUUCAUGGAUGCGGCUGGCCUCUACAAGGGUGGCCGAUUCACCACCCUCUCGCAAAUGGGGCGACAUUCUAGAGAUGUUCGAUGAUCUCAUAAAGUGUUUGAGACCCGAGAAGAGGUUGACUGAUCAUGUGACGAAGCUCGAAGCAAUGAGAGAAGGGUUGUAUCAGAUCAAGGAAGUCUUGGUAGAGAGAGAUAUCGGUUACAGGGAGGCGCGGCACCAAGAACGGCUAGUGCAAAAGAAGCUUACACAGACGUUGGGCCACUCAUCUAAGUGUUUGUUCACACUCCUGUUGUAUUAUUUAUAUGGGAGUGUUAGAGAUGUUGAAGUGGAGGUUUGUGGGGGAGUUUAUGGGAGAGGGAGUGGUAGCUUUUGCUUGUGCAUCGGGAAGGUUUUGACAUCAGAUGGUGAGAAGAUGCUGUGGAAUGGAAUAAAGCAGUUGGAUAGAGCUCUUGGGCUGUUCAAGUUUGUGUGGGAAUCAGCUGGGAUGAAAGGGAUGUUGGAGCUGCAAGGCCAUGUAUGGUGUAUGAGAGCUGAGGAAAGGACACUCACAUAUAGAGGAAAUGUGUUCUUUGUGCAUGGGAUUAAAUUUUGAUAAAUGGGAAAAGAGAAAUGCUUGUGGUACUGCUCAUCAUGUGGGUUGCCUGUGUUGAGUCACCAGCCUUAAAAUAAGGCUGGCCCACUCAUCUGGUGGACUGAUCAUGCACACUGGUGAGGACUGUAGAUCAUUUUUAUACCACAGAUUCCUUUUGAAGAGCACACGUGAUUGCGGUCAGCCUACUUUUGGGCCAGUGGAUCUACACUGGGGUUCACCCAGAUGAAUGGCUUGGAUCUCUUACACGUGUGUGCAGCUUUGGGAUUAUGGGAAAAAAAGGUUACAUGGGUUGAUCAUUAGUUGGCCAGAGAAACCUUGCAGGCACACUUUAGCUUCGGAUGACUGCAGGCGACGGACAAAGUUAUUGAUUGCAGUUGGGUGAUGCCAGGAUUGCUAGGGGAGUUAUUCUUAGUAUGGCAUGGAGUUAAUUUGGAUCAGAAAAGAGUACUAUGGAGGCUAUCGAUCCUUACAGGCUUAAAGUCAAUUUGAGCUGAAUGAAAUGAGAGGUGUUAUGAAAUAGCAGAGGCUUCCAGAUGGUGUUCAGGAGCGGGAAAUUGGAUACCAUUUCUUGGGCUUUGAUUUUUAAGCGCUUCAUGUCUUGCACUGUUUCCUUUUUUCUUAAUUCUUUAUGGAUUUCAUUGUUGUAGAUUGUUGCGAGGAUUUCUCCUCUUUUUCUUUUAAUAAAAUUAGCAUGAUCUUUCAAAAAAAAAAAGAAGAAUAUUAUUUAUUCU